UCGGCAAGGGUGAGCGGCGGGAGCGUGGUUCCGGUCCGGGCCAGGUCCCCGGAGCGUCCCGGUGCCGACCGCGCGCCCCUCCUCCGGCCCUGAGUCACGGCGCCGCCGGAGUCCCCACGCGGGAUGCAGCGGUGAGCGCGGCCGGGAGCGGGGCAGGGCGCAGCGUGGGCUCGGUCGCCCUCGGGAAGCCAGGCCGCCGCCGCGCGCUCCCGGCCCGCGCCCGCCCUCCAUGGCGUUUAUCCGGAAGAGGCGGCAGGAGCAGCAGCUGCGGCUGUACUCCAGGGAGAGGUUUUCCUUGUUGCUGCUUAACUUAGAGGAAUACUACUUUGAACAGCACUCAGCUGAUCACAUUCAGCACAGGGGAAGCUGCGAUGAAAGGAAAAUCAGAGGCUCCUUAAAAAUAUGUUCAAAAUCAGUGAUUUUCGAACCAGAUGCAAUAUCCCAUCCCAUCGUGAAGAUCCCUUUGAGAGACUGCAUACAGAUAGGAAAGCAUGGGGAAAGUCCAGCCAGUGGACACCCUGCCACGGCAAAAUGUCCAGGAAUCUCACUCACUUUUAGUCAGGUGUAUUUCAUCAAAGAGCAUAAUAUUGUUGCACCAUAUAGAAUAGAAAGGGGCAAAAUGGAGUAUGUGUUUGAGUUGGACGUUUCCAGGAAGGUCGAGGACGUGGUGGAAACGCUGCUUCAGCUUCACAGAGCCUCCUGCCUUGACAAGCUCGGUGACCAGACUGCCAUGAUAACAGCUAUCUUGCAGUCACGCUUGGCUAGGACAUCAUUUGACAAAAACAGAUUCCAAAGCGUGUCUGAAAAGCCGCAUCUGGAAUGCAAGGCGGAAAUGGUGACGCCGCUGGUGACAAACCCUGGGCACGUGUGCAUCACAGACACCAGCCUGUAUUUUCAACCUCUCAAUGGGUACCCGAAACCUGUGAUCCAUAUUACACUCCAGGAUGUCCGCCGCAUCUACAAAAGGAGGCACGGCCUCAUGCCAUUGGGCUUGGAAGUAUUUUGCACUGAGGAUGACCUGUGUUCCGACAUCUACCUAAAGUUCUAUGAGCCUGAGGAGAGAGACGACGUCUACUUCUAUAUUGCCACCUACCUAGAGCACCACGUUGUGGAGCACACCGCCGAGAGCUACAUGCUGCAGUGGCAGCGCGGCCACCUCUCCAACUACCAGUACCUGCUGCACCUCAACAACCUGGCUGACCGCAGCUGCAAUGACCUCUCCCAGUACCCGGUGUUCCCGUGGGUCGUCAGUGACUACUUCAGCCCAAGUUUAGAUUUGUCAAAUCCAGGAACAUUCAGGGACCUCAGCAAACCAGUGGGAGCCCUGAAUAAGGAACGGCUGGAGAGACUGCUGGCUCGCUACCGGGAAAUGCCCGCGCCCAAGUUCAUGUAUGGGAGCCACUACUCCUCCCCGGGUUACGUGCUGUUUUACCUGGUCCGGAUUGCGCCAGAGUAUAUGCUGUGCCUACAGAAUGGAAGAUUUGAUAAUGCAGAUAGAAUGUUCAACAGUGUUGCAGAAACCUGGAGAAACUGCUUGGAUGGUGCGACGGAUUUUAAAGAACUGAUUCCAGAGUUCUAUGGCGACGAUGUCAGCUUUCUAGUCAAUAGUCUGAAGUUGGAUCUGGGGAGGAGGCAAGGAGGACAGGUGGUCGACGAUGUUGAGCUUCCCUUGUGGGCCUCAAGUCCUGAGGACUUUCUCCAGAAGAGCAGAGAGGCGCUGGAGAGCAGCUAUGUGUCUGAGCACCUCCACGAGUGGAUCGACCUCGUGUUUGGCUAUAAGCAAAAGGGCGAGGAUGCCAUCGGGGCCCACAAUGUUUUCCAUCCCCUGACCUAUGAAGGAGGGGUAGAUCUGAACAGCAUCGAGGAUCCUGACGAGAAGGUGGCCAUGCUGACCCAGAUCUUAGAAUUCGGGCAGACCCCCAAGCAGCUGUUUGUCACUCCUCAUCCUCAGAAGAUCACUUCCAGGUUCAGAGUUACGCCUCCGAUCUCCAGCUGUAAUGAUUCCCCAGCCUCUCCAGGUGAAGAGUCCUUUGAAGACUUGACUGAAGAAAGCAGAAGGCUGGCCUGGAACAACAUCACCAAGCUGCAGCUGCAGGAGCAGUAUAAGACUCACAAAGAGGCCGUUACAGGGAUAGCAGUCUCUCGCAAUGGGUCUUCCGUCUUCACGACGUCACAAGAUUCUACCUUGAAGAUGUUUUCUAAGGAAUCCAAAAUGCUACAAAGAAGUAUAUCAUUUUCGAAUAUGGCUUUAUCAUCUUGUUUGCUUUUACCAGGAGAUGCUACUGUUAUAAGUUCUUCUUGGGACAAUAAUGUCUAUUUUUAUUCGAUAGCUUUCGGAAGGUGCCAGGACACAUUGAUGGGGCACGACGAUGCUGUCAGUCACAUCUGCUGGUGUGACAGCAGGCUGUUCUCUGCAUCGUGGGACUCUACAGUGAAGGUGUGGUCCGGUGUCCCCGCAGAAAUGCCGGGCACUGGGAGACACCAGUUUGACUUGCUGGCUGAGCUGGAGCAUGACGUCGGGGUAGAUACAAUCAGCUUAAGUGCAACAAGCGCACUGCUGGCUUCAGGUACUAAAGAAGGCAUGGUGACUAUCUGGGACCUCCCCACAGCCACUGCUCUGCACCAGAUCCCGUGCCACUCAGGGGCUGUGUGUGCUACUGCUUUUAGCCCAGACAGCCGCCACAUCCUCAGCACGGGAGCGGACGGCUGCGUGAAUGUGGUCGAUGUGCAGACAGGAAUGCGCAUCUCCUCCAUGGCAUCUGACAAGCCCCAGAGGUGUUUCAUCUGGGAUGGCAGUUCUGUUCUGUCUGGAAGCGAGUCUGGUGAGCUGCUGGUCUGGGACCUCCUCGGAGCAAGAGUCAGUGAGCGCAUUCAGGGCCACAGCGGUGCUGUGACGUGCAUAUGGAUGAACGAACAGUGUAGCAGCGUCAUCACAGGAGGGGAAGACAGACAAAUUAUAUUCUGGAAAUUGCAGUACUAAGUGCCUUUUCCUCUCGACUAUUACAGUGUAUUUUUAAACCAGACUUUUAACUGAACUGGUAAUAUGCACUGACAGUAAUCAGCUUUACCACAUGGAAAAUGUGUGGCUUUAAAUCAUGGUGACUGCACUGCAAGCUACCAGUUGCCAUCUAAGGCAGCGCUGAAAUGUCACCUGUGCAGGCAGAUAAUCAUCCCUAGUGUGCUGAUGGCCCAGGACAGGACCAGAGGCCAAGGGGCUGACACUCACCUGGCCCAGGGCAGUGCUGAAAGGCAUAGCGUCUGGAGCUUCCAAGAGAACAUGCGGCGCCUUCUGCUGCUCGAGCCUCUCCCAUCUUGGGCUCCUCCUCCGCCAGCAGCUGCCGCUGGGCUUCAGGUGUGUGUGUUUUCACAGAGUGCUUGCUUUACGUAAUGCUGAGCCCAGAUUCUAAGAACCUGGGGAAGGAGUAGCAGUUCUUGUAACAGUCAAGUGUACUGUGUAUAGGAACGGUUUGUAUUUCAUUAAGCUAUUAAAUGCUCACCUUUUUAUAUUAAAAAUAUUUUUCUGUAAUAAAAAAUUUUCAUUUUAGAUAACUUGUAACAAAGAUUACUUGUAAGAGUCCCAAGUAUUGGUCCUUCUAGAAAGCCCUAGUGACAGGAAUAUAGUUUUUGUUCUGCAGACCCAAAUAGCAAGGUAGCUUAUCAAACUGGGAAAUGAUACUUGAAAUUUCAAACAAGGUACAAUAUAUAGUAGCAGCAUUGGUCUUUCUCUCAUAUCAGUUUAUGUGAUCUGACUUUUU